AUGCAUGUUGAUUCAAGAGUAGAUCAGGCAGGAACAGGCACGAGCAUAAUGGAUACACAGCAAAAAGUUACUAUACUCAGGGAAGGCUUCUUAGUGAAAAGGGGUCAUCUCGUGCACAACUGGAAGGCGCGCUGGUUCGUGCUGACGCCAGACAAGCUGAUCUACUACAAGUACGAUGGAGGGAAAAGAGAUUCAUGUCAGCGGGGGAAAAUCAUGCUGAAGGAUUGCGUCAUUACUUGCCCCUACCUGGAGUACGACAAUAGACCCUUAGUGUUCCGGCUUCAAACCAAGACCUGCGUAGACCACUUUCUGGAGGCAUGUUCCCGGGAAGAGCGUGACCAGUGGGCAGGCGACAUUGCCGCAGCGGCGGACAAACUGGAGGACCCCGAAGGAGCAGUCGCUAAUGGCGACGGGUCACCCAGUGUCAGCCCCAGCACGCCCGGGAGCUCACAGCCGCACCACAUCAACCUCAGCAAAGUGCUGGAAGCCAUGUAUGACGUCCACAGCGGGAUCAACAUGUGCAACCACGUGGAGCAAGGACGCAUGUACACCAACUGCUUCUCAGGAUCCGCAGUGGUGGACUGGCUGGUGUUCGCGCAGCUGGCCCUGACCCGAUCCGAGGCAGUGACUCUGGCGUCGGCCCUGCUGGAAGAGGGUUUCCUACGCACCGUGGGCCUGCGCAGCGUAGAGGCGCUACGCACCGCCGGCCCCAGUGAGCUCUUCAUGGACGACUCCACCGCGCUUUACAGCUUCUCUGACAGUUUAAAGAAGCGAGGUUGCGUGAAGGCUGAGACCACACUGUCUGCGGUGGAGUUGAGCGGUCAUGUGAUCAAGAGAGGCUACCUGCUAAAACAAGGCCACAGAAGGAAAAACUGGAAAAUUCGACUUUUUGUGCUGCGCUCAGAACCCUCUUUCCUCCAUUACUAUGACCCAACCAAGGAUGACAUCAGUCCCGUGGGAGGCUUCCCCCUCCGAGGCUCACUGGUAUCCUCGCUGGAUGAUAACGGCGUUCCCUCUGGUGUAAAGGGCAACAUCCAAGGCAACCUGUUCAAAAUCAUCACCCAAUCGGACACACAUUACUUCAUCCAGGCUCCCAGCAACCGGGAGAAGAUGGAAUGGAUUGAUGCCAUCCGUGAGCACACGUAG